CUGACUUUUCAAUUGAGAUUGCACAAGAGGAAGACACUGGCAUUGAGUUGGACCCCGGAUUAUCACGGGAGCCAACAAUGAUGGCAGGCAAGUCUAACAAGAUACCACCAAUAGGCACAGCAGCUGUACCCUCUACCAGAUUACCCACAGCCAUGCCACUUAGAGAGUCUCAUGAAACUGGUCCUGGCCCUGAUUUUGAACGAGUGCUAUUCAACAUAGGAGGGCGCAGUCCAUUGGUAGCCCACUAUCUGUAUGUAAAGGGACUCUCAUCUAAUGAAAACCAUGGUAGACAGGUCAGAAGAACUGAGAUCUCAAGGAUACAGUCUCAUGCACCAACAUACAGAGAUGUAAUAAAGAACACAAAGAAGACAUCAAGAGCUCUGAAUGCGGAGUACCAAAG